GGCUUCUUCACCCGGAGCGGCAGCAGCGGCAGCGCGCGGACCUCAGCACGCGCUCCUUGUCUGUACCUACCGGUGCUUUUUAUGCAGAUUCGUUUUUUUUGUUUUUGUUUUUCCACGGGACGUUUAAUCUCUCAGCUGCCAACCUCAGCGCUCCAUUACAUCCUAAGACCUGGUGGGAUCCCCGAUGACCUUUGUCGCUGCCCGCCGGCUCCCGUUUUCCUCCCGUUUUCCUCCCGCGCUCCCCCCUCAUCCCUCCCCUCCCCUUUCUUAAACAGCCCUCUCCUCCUCCUCCGUAUCUCCCGGCCCCGGGCUCAUUGCUCAAACCCACUGCAAGGAGCAACACAGUAGCUGGCAAAGGAUGAAGCGGGUCUGACCUGCCGACUCCAGACAGAGGCUAGAAGGCGCAAAGGGACCAGCGAGCGGGAGCGAGACGAGAGAGGACGCCGAGCCAAGGGAGCCGCGGCGAGAGGAGCAACCACGCUAGCGCUCAAGAUGCCACGGCGAAGGAGAAACGCAAGUUUCACCAGAGCGUCAUGAGCUAGCGGAGGGCCCGAUCUCAGCCCCGUCCCCCUCCCGUCCCCCGUCCCCCUGAAACCGAUCUAGAAGUUAGCGUUCUCACCUGAUAUGCCUCUCUGAGAAGCAGCAGCCAUGCCAGCCAAGGGGAAGUACCUGUUGAACGACCAGGAGCUGAAGAACGAGACGCUGUACCGGAGGUUCUCCUGCAUGAGCCAGUACCAGCCGCUGGUGCUGCUGCUGGGCCUCUCCAUGCUCUCCUGCGCCGUCCUCCUCAUCGUCUUCUUCGCCCUGCAACUGAGCGCGAAGGAACACUGUGCCUUUGUGAGCGUGGUGAGCGGCAGCCUGUGUGUGUUCCUGGCCGUGUUCCUGCUGGUGUGCACGGAGAUGCUCUCCCAGCGAUGGAGGCGUCUGCUGGGCCUGAUUGUAUGGGCGACGCACCUCACCAUGGGCUACACCUUCAUCUUCAGCGGCCCCAUCAUCCUGCCUUGGGACCAGGUGCCUUUCUUCCUCUUCAUCAUCUUCACCGUGUACACCAUGCUGCCGUUCCAGCUGUGGUACGCUGUGGUGCUGAGCUGCAUCUCCUCAUUGUCCCACGUCGUGGUCCUCACAGUGUGCCUCACCAUUUACCCCGAUAACCCCUCCCCUUACCUCACCAACCAGCUGCUGUCCAAUGCACUGGUGUUCCUGUGUGGCAGUGGGGUGGGAGCCUUCCACAAGGUCCUGAUGGAGAAAACCCUCAGGCAGACCUUUCAAGACACCUUGAGGUGCCUGAGCAUGCGGAUGAAGCUGGAGAUCGAAAAAAGACAACAGGAGAACCUGCUGCAGUCUGUGCUCCCAGUCUACAUCUCCAUGAAGAUGAAGCUCGCAAUCAUGGAGCGCUUGCAAGACUGUAAAGACAAAGAAGAACAACAGCGACUGGUCAAAGAUAACAACUUCCACAGUCUUUAUGUCAAGAGGCACGAGAACGUCAGCAUUCUAUACGCUGACAUUGUGGGCUUCACCCGGCUGGCCAGCGACUGUUCUCCCAAAGAGCUCGUUAUUAUGCUCAAUGAAUUGUUUGGAAAAUUUGACCAAAUUGCCAAGGAAAACGAGUGCAUGAGAAUCAAGAUCCUUGGGGACUGCUACUACUGUGUGUCCGGGCUGCCCGUUUCUCUGCCCAAACACGCUAAGAACUGCGUCAAGAUGGGGCUGGACAUGUGCGAAGCCAUCAAGCAGGUACGGGAGGCCACGGGGGUGGACAUCAACAUGAGGGUGGGCGUGCACUCGGGCAACGUGCUCUGCGGCGUCAUCGGCCUCCGCAAGUGGCAGUUUGACGUUUGGUCACAUGAUGUCACGCUGGCCAAUCACAUGGAGUCCGGGGGCCUUCCGGGACGUGUCCACAUCACUGAGGCCACUCUGAAGCACCUCAACAAGGCUUAUGAAGUGGAAGACGGCAACGGGCACCUCAGGGACUCCUACCUGAAAGAGCUCAACGUCCAAACCCACCUGGUCAUUGAUCCUCGGUCUAAGGAUCCAACCUCCAACAGCCGCAACGCGCCCAAACCUCGGGUGAAAGACGGUCUGAAGAUGAGGGCGUCGGUGCGUAUGACCCGUUACCUGGAGUCUUGGGGGGCCGUCAAGCCUUUUGCUCACCUUCAGAGUCGAGAGGGCUUCACCGCGGACGCUAUUGUCAACGGCAAGUCCCGCUCCAAGGAAAUCCCUCUACGACCAGCCCCCGGCUCCAAGAUGACCGAGAGCUUUGAUGAGUCUCUAGAGGAACCGUUCUCCUUGCCCACCCCUCCGUUCAGCAGCUAUAAGAACAAAUCCCAGAAGAGUAAGUUUGACGAAGAGCUGCACAACGAGAUGACUACCACCAUAGAUGAGCUCAGCAGCAAGCAGUGGUCCAAGUCUGAAGAGAACGGCAGUUUAGCUCUGUGGUUUCCAAAGAAAGACUUGGAAAAACAGUACCGAGCCCUGGACCUGCCGAUGUUCAAACACUACGUCGGCUGUGCCACCGGCAUCUUCCUCUGCAUCUUUUUUGUCCAGAUGUUUGUCACAAAGGAUCGGCAGACGUUGGGGGCGUCGUUUGGAGGGUUGGUCUGCGUGCUGCUGCUGACGCUGGCCAUCUGUUUUGCAGGCCACUUCCAGCGCCUGUUGCCAGAGAAGCUGUCGCGGUGCCAGUGGCUGCCGGCCGUGUCCGAGGCGGUGGUGAAGCGGCCGUGCGUGCGCCUCCCUCUGGCCACCGUCACCACUGCGGCCAUCGUUAUCUUGUCGGUGUUCAACCUGUGCUUCGUCGAGACGCCCGUGCCGGAAUUUUCCACUGUUAUCAAAGAGCCGGGUCUCACAAACUGUUCCCUUGAGCAGGGAUCAGACGUCUUCUUCUACCUGCCUUACUCGGUGUACUGCUGCAUCCUGUCGCUCAUCGCAUGCGGAAUCUUCCUCCGGGUGAGCUUUGAGCUCAAAGUGCUCUUCCUCGUCCUGGCCUCCACAACGUACUACGUCCUCAUCCUCGGCACCAAGAGGAAACUCUUUGUGGUCUACGGAAAAGUUCUCUACGCUCAGCAGCACCACGUGAACUGCAGCAGCAUUGAAGAGCACACCGUCCUGAGCUGGUUGGGGCUGGUGAAACACCCUCAGGUGAUGAGCUGCAUCUACAUCACCCUGUUCCUGGUCACCAUGCUCAUCAUCUCACAACAGAACGAGUCCUGCUUCCGCCAGGACUUCCUGCUGAAGUACAAGAACCGCACGGAGCAGGACGAGAUCGAGACCAGGGAGAACCUGAACCGCCUGCUGCUGGAGAACGUGCUGCCGGCCCACGUGGCAGCGCUGUUUGUAGGGGAGAGUAAGAAGAACGAGGACCUCUAUUAUAAGUCCUAUGACUGCGUCUGUGUGAUGUUCGCCUCCGUGCCGGAUUUCAAAGAAUUUUACACGGAGUGUGACAUCAACAAGGAGGGUCUGGAAUGCCUGAGGCUCCUAAACGAGAUCAUUGCCGACUUUGACGAGCUGCUGUCCAAACCAAAGUUCAGCGGUGUGGAGAAGAUCAAGACGAUUGGCAGCACCUACAUGGCGGCUGCAGGGCUCAGCGGGACGCCCGGUCAGGAGAACAAUCAGGACAGAGAGAGGCAGCAGGCCCAGAUCGGCAUCAUGGUGGAGUUUGCCAUCGCCCUGAUCGGGAAGUUGGACGGCAUCAACAGACAUUCUUUCAACAGCUUCAGGCUUCGUGUGGGCAUUAAUCAUGGCCCGGUGAUAGCCGGAGUGAUCGGGGCGAGGAAACCUCAGUACGACAUCUGGGGCAACACGGUGAACGUGGCCAGCCGGAUGGAGAGCACCGGGGAGCUGGGGAAGAUCCAGGUGACGGUGGAAACGUCCGACGUGCUGCAGAAGCUGGGCUACUCGUGCGAGUGUCGGGGACUCAUCAGCGUCAAGGGCAAAGGGGAGCUGAAAACCUUCUUCUUGUGCACCGACACGAGCAAGCAGCAAGGGAUGGGUCUGAGCUGAGGCCCGGCGCUCGUGGAGGCGGACCGGAGGAGAUCACGGACCCCACAAGUGUCGAGGGGGACGGACGGCUGUUUCCUGCUAAUGUGAGUGAGUGGACUCUUGCCGGCUCGACGCUUCCUACGUCGGACCCGUGGAGCGGCUCAGGAUGGAGCCCAUCGGGGCGAAGAGGUGACCAGUGGUUUUCCUACAUACAUUUACGUCUGGUGAUCCGUCACUUUCGUACUUUUUUUUGGAGUCUUUAACUUUAGAUGUUGUUUGCGAUAGAGGAAAAACAAGUAUAUUGUACUAAUGCCAAAUACAGCUGUGUCAUUUUUUUUUUGAAUAUCUCUCUGGUCCUUUAAACACAAAACAAUGGAUUCUGUUGGGGUCAGAAUGUGAAACCCAUCUGGAUUUCCUGUUUUGAGAGCGGAUGGACACACUGCUCUGUUACUGUGUAAUGAGCAGGACUUAUGUGAGGCGGACUCAAUAACAGAAGCAGGCUGUACAGAGGACAAACGUAAAUACACAUAAAAACUCUCCGGGACGUCGUCACAUCAUCAGCAGAAGUAGUUUCACUCUCUGACCAAUUAAAAGUGACCGGAUCCACACAUUUGCUCUUCGUGUGAUCUUGGAUACGGCGGUGUAGUGUUUUGAUUUUACUUGUAUGACAAGAUAGCCGCUGAAAAGUACACAAUGUGCUGUAUGUACGUCCUGUCGUCCGAGUCAAUAUUCUGCUUGUCUGCAUAAGUGCUGCGAUGAGGGAGACGUCUGGAGUCUGCCCGGGUGUGAAGUCUCUGAAACUCUAUUGAUCUCGUGGCCUUACCUUUUAAAACUGUCACUUUGUUUGUAAUUGCAGUUAGAUAAUAACUAUAAAUACGUUAUGGCCUUUAUGUGAACAAAUGUGACGUUGAGUUUUGUACAGCUACAGAAUGUAAUAAAUGUUUUCCUAUGUCUGCAGUUUGUCACAAGAUGUUUACCAAGAGCCGAGGUUUAUAUAAAAAAAGAGGUUUAAUGACUGAAAUGCUUACAAAUGUCACACAAAAAGCACCGUUCAUACAAAAAAACUUAACUUAUGAAACUGUAAAGGUGGUAAGAUAUUUCAUCAUACAGUGAUGACUGGAGCUGGAUCUUGACACCCGGACGAGGACUCCAUGGGUUCAGCCGCCUCCUGGACUGUAAACAUUGAAAUGUAUAUUGGAUGCUGAGUUCUCGUUGACACUGCUGUAUUUGUACGGUUAAGUUCACAUUUUACUACUAAAAAUAAAUGUUAUUCAGUGGCA